UUGCCUAAAUUUUUAUUAUAGUUAUAAUUCUUACAAAUGUUGAAAGCUCUGUCCAAGUUGUAUGAUACAUCAAUCAUAAGCAUUUUAAAUGAAACGAAGUAAGAAGAUGUUCACCAGGAUUACAUCCAUGCUGCAUAAUGCAGUGGAAGCACUUGCACCUGAAAUGACAUUGCUUGAACAGUUUCGCUAUCACUGGAAAUGUGUAACUCAAUUUUUUCUCGACACAUCAGAUGAACGAGUUUCAGUUGAAAGCACAGCAAUUCCACACCAUUUGGAACAAAUGAUCAAUGUUUUGCAGCAAGAAGAACAAGAAAAUGGAACUGCAAGUGCUGGUCCUUCAAUGGAAUUCAUGCUACAGCAUAAGAUUUUAGAAACAAUGCAAACCCUGGGUAAAGCUGAUUGUCCACCUGGAAUGAAACGUUAUGUUCUUGUGUUCUUCACUAAUUUAUUGGGUAAAUCAAGACAACAGUUAUUGCCUCAUGUCAAUGUUCAUAAGCCAGUUAAUAAAUUAAUUCGUUGUUGUGGAAAAAUAAAAGCUGCACCAACUGAAACAGAAGAAGUGCAAUUCCUUCUUCAAGUCUCUUCAAAGUUAAAACAGGACUCGUACCUGGUUAAUUUUUUCCUAGAGGCACCAAGUACUACUGAAAGUGGAUCAUCUCCACCCUUGUCACCAGGAAUGGAACGAGAACGUGAAAAACCUGAAUAUAGUUUAGUCGAUGCUUUAAUUGUUCUCACGAAUAGCGAGGACAGUAGAGUGGCGAUAAAAGCAUGUGAAGGCCUUCUCCUCUGCACUUCUAUUCCUGAAGAUCAAGCUGCUAGUGUUAUUGUCUUGUACACAGCUUUCUGUGAGAGAAUGGCUGAUCAACUAGCAAAAUUAUUUCGUGGAUUACCCGCAGUUAUUGACCCUGCAGAUAUGAAUCAGUUAUCUACUACGUGGGGAUUUGACCAUGAAGAUCAAGCAGGUCCCCCUAUUACUGGAAAACGUCAAAUGAUAGCAUUUUUUUCAUGGUUGGAUUACGUCAAUCAACUUAGUGUUGAGGCGCAUUCUAUGGUGUCUAAAGCACUUGCUGGUGCAAUACGUGAAAGAUUCAUCCUGACAGCUAUUGAGCCUGGUCUUUCCCAAGCAUCAGAGCCAUGUGCUAUCACUGUCACUGCAGUUUUAACUCGUUGUCUGAGACUGGUGUCUUCCGCUACUUUAGCACAAGAGUUUGCAGACAUUCUUCUUGGGCAUGACACUAACCCUGAACAACCAGACUAUCAAAGUCCGCAUAAACUGCGCCAUUUACUCAUUCAAAGGAUUAACCACUUGAGCGAUCAACUUGCAGUCGAAACUUUGCGAUUAUUCCAAGCGCUACUGCAACUGUCCUACCAACCAAUUAUAGACACUUUAGUUGUGAGAAAUUUUACGAAUAGAAGCUACAUUGACUGGAAGAAUGAAAAACAGUCUGAAAAGACGAAUAUAAUAAAUGUGGACACAAAGAGUAAUAAUGACAAUAAUGAAAUUUUAGAAAAACAAAAUAAUGUGCAAAAACAAGAUAUUGAGAAGAAAAACAAUGUUGUCAGUCUGAAUGAUCAUGGUAUAGAUAAUACUUUGCCAGAAGUUUCAAAUGUCGCUAUAGCUGAUGAAGAAAAAGAAAAAAAUAAUACUCUUGAACUUCCCAAAGAUAGUAAAAGCAAGGUAAUAUUAGAAGAGAAUAACUUAGACAAAAAAGUUGAAAAGAAAUUGAAGACAAGUGAAAGUGUAGACAAUACAGAAAAUGAAAAAAUUAAGGAUACUGGAGAGAAAAAUGAAAGUGAUGCAGAUGUAUUGAAAUUUGAGCUGAACAUAAAUGAUGACAUUACAUUUAGUAAAAAGAAAGUUGAAAAAGUUGUGAAUGGAUUUCUUCUCAUACUACCUGACACUUUAAAAACGUCUCAGAUGGUAGGAGAGACUGGGUACGAUAGUUACCUUAGAGAUGCUCACAAACAGUGUCAACAAAGAGCGAUACAAACAUUCUCUUUUGAUUGGCCGAAUUUAUUAACAGAUGGCUGUUUGGCUGCAACGACAGAUGAUUCUUUUUAUGAGGGUGCAUUUUUGCAUACUAUUUUCAAAAGAUUGCAAAGAAUUUUAGCUCAGCCAUUCGAAAUUAAUUUGGAAGUAACUGCUAUCAUCUCCACACUGUGUCAGUUCCGUCAUCCGUAUUUACAUGAAUUUCUUAUGGACACGUCAGGCGUGACAAAAGAUUCUAUAUUGACUCCUCACAGAAUAUUACAAAAAAUCUGUCAAGACGUUCGAAAUAGAACAUCUAGGAUAUCCAACUUUCAAACCUCUUUACUAAAUGUACGCAAAAACUUAAUUGGGUUGAGUCAUCACACGACAGAUAUACCAGAUGAAGCUUUCAUGGAAGGGGUAAUUGUUUUAGAAGAAUUUUGUAAAGAGCUGGCAGCCAUUGCGUUUGUUACAGCAACAAUGGAGCAAUCUCAAGAUAUUUAGCUUGAUUUUAUUUUAAUGAAUUUUUUAUAGUUCUGUCUUUUUGUAAACCCCCUGAAAUUUUCGUCCUUGUUUAUUAUAUACAUUUUAUAAAAAUCAAUCAGUGUAAUAUUUAUUAUUCUAUGGUUUCGGUUAUAAUGUAAUAAUGAACCAAUCAAAAUCAUGCAUUUUUGCCACUCCCCACUCAAUUAUGCCAGCCGGCAGUAUGCACACUGUCGUUUCUAAGUUUUGUGUUUCAUUUUUAUCUUGCUUUAUCAAUUUUUAGUGAAACGUCUGUUUACAGGGUUUCCUCAUGACAUGGUGUGUACAUCUCACUGUUUAUUUUAUGCCAACCCUUCUCUUUUCUUUUGUUUGUAUAAACAUCGCCCUGUUUCGUUCGUUGACACAUACCUACAUAUACUGCACAGGUUAUAGAUGUUUAGAACCCGAUCACAACAUGAUAUCAUUUGAAUUUAGCCUCGUUUAAGUUUGUGCAGAUAUACCAUUUUGUUGUAAUCGCUGAAUAAAUGUUGGUUUCGCGAAUUGAGAUGUAUAUUGUAUCAUCUUAAAAUUUAUAUGAAUUUUCAUAUUGUUUAUAUUUAGAAAUAAAUUUGACAUGAUUUGUCACUUUCUAUCA